CUCCAGCUCUUCGCUCGCGUCAGCUCAGACUUUUAUUUUGAAGGAAAGUUUCCGUUUCAUGUUGCAGCUGCUUGCAGUAAAUUUCCCCGCGAUGGGGCUCGCGGGGUGGACUGGCUUCCUGUCUGCAGGGCGGCUCCCGCACGCAUUCCUUCUCUCCGCACCGCGGAAGACACACGUGGAUGUUCGGUGUUCCAGAAUCAUGGACCUGAACCCAGCACCGAAGGUGGCAACGGUCGACCCAACCCCCCGCUGCUCCUCUCCGAACCUCUGCUCUCGCCUCCAACGUCCUGUUGGUUCUGAUCAGACUUGGCCUUGACGGUUCUGCUGGGUCAAACCUGAAGACCCUUCCCUGCUACUGCUUCCCAAAAUGUUCUGCUCACUGCAUCUGAAUGUGGACUCCUGCCUCACUGUUGAGGUUCUGUCAAGGUGUCCAGUAGGACCGGUUCUGUUGACCUCACUCAGGUGAACCUUGACUGUCCACUCUAUUGACCCUCUCCUGAUGAACCCUAAUCUGUGAGUAGUGUUUCACCUUUGACCUUUGACAUGCAGCCAAGGGGGUUAUCUAUUCUUGUGAAGUGUAACUCUUGGAGAAACGCCUCCUUGUGAGGACAUUUGGCCCAGUUAGGAGGGCCAAUACUUUAAACUAACUGGGUUUUAGUUUGAUUCAGAGUCCUGGUUCCUGUGAUGAGAGGUCCCCACAACACAUAAAAACACUACUGUGUGUGCGAACAACAAUGGACAGAUGGUGGGCUUCACUUCACCCGCCUGGAGCCACGUCUGAACCAUAACAAUGGGAGCAGUGCACAAAAGAGUCUCACUCUCACACACGCUCACACGCACACACACACACAGUCUGAUCACGAUCACAGCAUCAGUAAACAUGGCUGAGUCGGGGCUCGGUCCUCCUUCCUCCUGCAGUCGUCCAGGAGACCCUCAGAGGGGAACCUCUGCUCCUCCAACAGCAGACGAGCCCAGCUCGGUGGAGGCCACGGGGCAGACCCAGAUGAUGUCACUCUGGCCUGGCAGCAACUUCCUUCACUGCCUGGAGAGGAACAUCAUCUCCAGAGGAGUCCAGGCCAUGUGACCUCAGCAGUUCAGUGGUGCCAUUUGUCGCGUAGGUCUGCUGACAGGAAGACGAAGCCUCAAGUCACUUCCUCAUUCUCCAGAAGAGCAGAGCUUAAACCCUAAACGCUGCAGCAGAAGACGACUACUGCUGGUCCUGCUCACCUCCACUGGUGAAAAGGUCCAACACCUUCAUGAGUCUGAAGCUCCUGAUGCCUUUCCUCUCUUCACAGGAGCAGCUGGAGACACCUUCCUCUUCGCUCAGGAGGGAGCUGAGGUCACUCUGUCAUGUGACUCCAGAGCACCUGACCGGUUGGUUCUCUCUUCUCACCAUGUCCUCCUCUAGUGACUCGCUCCCAGACUCAAGGUGACGUGACCUUGACCUGUAAAGUGAUCUGUCCUAGUUUCUGCCCUCAGAAGGUCCAGUGACUGUAUCAGGGUCAAACUAUAACCACAGGAGAUUCUGCUGUUCAGUUUCCUCUCUCGUUCCUGGAGAGCGACCUCCUCACAUGAGAAGUCUCACACAGAGACACGGUGGAGAGGUUCUGUCUCUUGAGACAGAGCUGCUUCUUCAGACCAGUCCACCUGUGGGUUCAGGCCUGAGACAUCGAUGGUUAGCCGUCAGAUGACUCUUUAAUCCGGAGCAGAAGGCGGGUGUGCUCAUGUGGGCGCUCCCUGCUGGGACGCCUGGGCUCAGCAGGUGGGCUGUAAUCCCACCCGAUCACUGACGGCGCCGCACUUAAACUGGCUAAUGAGGUCCGACUGAUCCGCUCCCGACCCGCGAUCCACUCGUCCGCUUUGUCUCCGGUCCCUUCCGUGUCCAGGGUGUCCGUCAUGUUACUGCGCCGCACCACAGGCUUGUGGAGGACCGGAGUCCCUCUCUCACACACCCAUACACACAGUCUCUUCGGGGUCAUGAGGCCACCGUGACGGAAGGUGCUGGAACUGAAAACAGGGACAAGAGAACUCUCACACGCGGAAGGACGCACUUGCUGUCGCCAUGCCGACCUGCUUUUGUGGUUCUCAACUUCAAUGAGGGUCAGAGAGUUUGAGCCACGAAGAUCAUCUGCCAUAUACAAGGUUCAAGUGAGAGGAAAACGUUCAGUUCGGAGCAUCACAGAUCAGAACCUGGGUUCUCCUCAGGUGCAGUGUGCAGACUGAGGAGGAAAUAGUCGUUACCUGUCGCCCCCUGCAGUCAACACGGCGUAUUGCAUCAGCUCCCGACGCGCUCGGGAUUAGUUUGUCUAAAUAAGUGUCUUGUCCUCAGAGAAAACUCGGUGACGUGCUGGAAGUCACGUGGAGACUGAGCUCGAGGGUCUGUAAGACCUGGACCGUGGUCAACACAUUGUUCCGAGAAAAAUAAAGUCAAGGCGCGGGAAAGGGAGUGAGGCCAAGAACCAGACUGUCGGCGCAGGAAGGGAUGAAAGUGUAUUUAUUAUUAUUCUUAAAAGUUUCUUCAGCACAUAAAACCGCAUCCUUGUGACGUCGAGUCCCUGAGGGAGGAGUCCCACGCAGACUCCUGAGGAUGGUUUGUAUUCGUCCCAUAAAACAUUUAAAAACAAAGUCGAACAGGGGAGAAUAAAUAACAAGGAAUGUGACCCCGGGAGUCGGCACUGGUCAGAGGUCGCGCCCUGGAACUCGACCUUUGAGAUGGAGUGCAACACCUGGUCGCCCCCUGGUGGCUAGAAAUGCUCAGGGACGGACAUGAUGUCGCAGCGGUAUUUAAAAGCCAUUAUGUUUAGAAAAGUGGGCGUGGCUUGAACGGACGCUACGUGGACUUGUUGCCGCACGACCCGGGAUCAUUUCCAAACGUGAGCAACAGACAAAUGAGGCCCAGAAAGGGAACAUUUUACAGAAGUCGGGCCGAGGUCUGACAGCAGCACCAGGUGCAGGUCCAUGAGGUCAGCAGGGAGGCACUGGCUGGUCACAGGCUCGGAGGCCAGGCAGUGAUGACAUCACCGAGGUAGUAGUGCGGCUUUAAAAGCACUGUUGGGACAGACAGGAGUCCAGAUGCUGGUUGAUGCUGGACUCCAGAAUCAUCUGCUGACACACGGGACACGGGACCGUCACCCGAGGGAAGGCAGCAGGCUCGGUGUGUUGAGGCGCUGGCGGUGGAGGGGUGGAGGUCCCAGAGGUCCCAGAGGUCCCCUGAGCAGCCGACGCAGCAGCCUGACUGCUCAACCUCUUCUGGAAGAAAAGGAAGAUUCCGGCCGGGUCGGUGGCGUCACGCGGCCUCUUCCUGGGCGGGGGGCCUCCAGCGGCUGCAGUGCUGUCGCGGCUGGACCCGCUGAGAGGAGGUGGCCGGAUGGAGGUCUUGGGCAGAGCUGGUGAAGCUGCGGGUUUCCUGCUGAAGAGGUCUUCCAGGGACUUGUGUCUGGUGUGGUCCGCCGCCUGCCGGCCGCUGCUGCCGUCGCUGGACCGCUGGAUCCGCACCGGCGAGCCAUCGAUGUUGACAAAGGCCCGGGUGUUUCCCACUGAGCGCUUCUUGGGCGCCUCCAGCCCUGUGGAGCUCAGAGGCUUGAGGGAGGCGGAAGGCUUCGGCGGGGAUGGAGGGAGCGGCAAGGCGGGGCUUCCUGUGACAGGCACCUGAGACGAGGACGACUCUCCCCCCAGCAGGAAGCCUUUACCGCUGAAGGGGAUGAUCUUCCGGAUGUCCUGAGAUCCAGAGCCUGAAGACAAGCAGGGGAGCUCCAUCAGCGUCAGGUCCAGCCCACCAUGGGGGGGGCGACUGCUCACCUGCAGCGGAGGAGCUGGAAGGUUUCUGACUUCCAGCCAUCUUCUCCUCCUUCCUGCCGCCCUUCUUGCCCUUCUUGCCGUAACCUUCCGGCUCCUUCACUUUGGUGUAGGUCCCCCCGCACGUCCUCUGGUGGUCUCCCCACCACGGGUCCAGACGGGACGGAGCCCUGUUCAUCGCCCGCUUCACGUAGCCAAAGUAGGGCUUCCGGGUCUGACAGGGGCCGUCGCAGCGCCACCAGUGCUGCCGGUACACGUCCACCUCGUCGUGGAAGUCAUGGUAGACCUGCAGAGGACAGAGAGGAAGACCUGAGCGCCCCGGUCGCAGCUGACCCACCAAGACACGGCCUUACGCUGAUGUUGGUCCCGCUGGCUGCGUUGAUCCGCUUCAUGUGCUUGCAGAACUCGGGCCCGUGUCCGUCGCGGUCCCGGUUGUUCUGGGUCACGAAGAGCAGCGCGUGGAUCAUCUCGUGGAGCAGCGUCUGAGACAACAAGCGGGUCACGUCAGGGUCGGAUGUGUGAGGUCAGUGGGCGGGGCUCACCUCCACCAGGUCUUUUCUAGGUCGCAGCUUGAGCAGAGGUUCGCUGAGCCGGAUGGAACACAGGCCGCCGCGGCCCUCGUAGGAGCAGACGCCCGCGCACCUGCAGGGGCAGGCGGACCGUGAGUGACGUCACGCCCACGCACGCUCAAACAUCCUGCUCACGGUGAGCAACGUUCCAACGCCACCUGCACUGACCCGAGAACCGCACGCGCAGAUGUUUUGGACAGACCGGGAGAAUUUUCUGUCUAUAAACGAUAUGAAACCAAGAGCUGAACGUGUAUUGUUUGGUGCUAACAAAAGGAAAUCCCAUCAAGGGCGUUAGAUAUGGUUUAGAAAUGUUUAUUCAUACGAGUUUUCAACAAAGACGUGGCUUUCCUGUCUUCCAAACUUCCUUCAGUUAUGAUAGUGAAACAACUAAUGCGACCGAAUCUUCGGUAAAGAGCACAACUUUAAGCAGAAGCAUAAACUUCCGUUUUCCGUCUUUUAUCGACAUGAACACGAACACACUUGUCUUUUGUCAUAAACAUGUGAAUCAAGUUCAGAAUAAUGAAAAUAACGGCGCGACUCACAGCGUCAUCCUCGCGCUCCACUUCACCUCCACCCCGGACAGUUUGCCCCAGAAAAACGUGUCGUUGAACUCCAGGAACAUGGACCUGACGUCCGGACUCGGGUCCAGCGUCUCCCACGACUCGUCCACGAUGGACAGCGGCCUCUCGGGCUUCCAGUAGGGCACAACAUCGCUCGCGGUCCCGUGGCGCUUCCUGGCGUCCGACGCCUGUGCGGAGGGAAGAGACGCCGCGAGCUCGCUGUCGAACUGCUGCUGGAGCUCGAUGGCGAGGAGCAGAUCCGCGUCCAUCCCAGCCCAACCGCCAGCUCAGCCUACAGCGCAUCCAAAUACCGACAGCUCAAACACACCGACAUCAGUCGAGCAGCUCACGCUAAAACCGCUUCAAAACGCAGCGUCUUCACUAGUCUCAUAUUCAACGGCUGUUUACAAAGACCUGGACCAAGUUCCGGUUACACGUCACACGCAGUACCGCUUUCAUUUCAGAGUAAAAGCGAAUCAAGGUUUUGCUUACAAAUACAACAAUUUUAAGUUACAGGACAAUGUUUGAAUGUGUUAUUUGAUUAGGGUUUGAAACACUUGGAGAUAUUCUACGGCCGAAUCAUGUGCAUUUACCCAGCAGUCCGAGUUUAAAGAAGAUUUAUUUUUGUGGUUUUGACACGUAUUUCCGGACGCCGAACAAACCGGAACCGAAUCGUUACGAAAACUGUGUUCAAAUGAAAGAAAUAAACAAAUGAACAUAGAUUUUGCUUUUGACACCAGAGUAUAGAUAUAAGUAUACACGAACCUGAUUUAGGACAAUUCAUAAAGAUUCAUAAACGAUGGUUCACGUGACCGGCGCGGGAGUUGACGACUUCCUGUUUGGGGAACAAGCGGAUGUGAAAUGAACCUCUCUUGGUUGUUCCUCUGAAAGUUGCUUUUCCUCGACGGUUGAACAGCACACGAUGUCGGAAACCGGUAACCGACUGCGCAAACUGCUGGAGUCUCCGAAUUUCGACCCUCAGAACUACGUGAAGCAUCUGUCGCAGCAGUCGGAUGGCGACCGAGACCUGCAGGAGCAUCGGCAGAAGAUCCAGAACCUGGCCGACGAGACGGCGCAGAACCUGAAGAAGAAUGUCUACAAGAACUACCGGCAGUUCAUCGAAACCGCCAAGGAGAUUUCCUACCUGGAGAGCGAGAUGUACCAGCUGAGCCACAUCCUGACCGAGCAGAAGAGCAUCAUGGAGAGCGUCACGCAGUCGCUGCUGUCCACAGACAAGGACGAGACCUCCAAGGAGAUGCAGGCGGCCUUCCCCAAGGAGACGGAGGAGCUGAAGCAGAGGACUCUCACCUCGCUGCUGGAGAAGGUGGAGGGAGCUCAAAACAUCAUGGACACUCCAGGGAGGCACUUGAUCUACAAUGGGGACCUGGUGGAGUUUGACGUGGACAACAUGUCCCACAUCCAGAAGGUCCACGCCUUCCUCAUGAACGACUGCCUGCUGAUUGCCACCUGGCUGCCAAACCGCCGCGGCACGGUCAAGUACCAGUACAAUGCCCUGUACGACCUGGAGAGCUUUGCUGUGGUCAACGUAAAGGACAACCCUCCCAUGAAGGACAUGUUCAAGAUCCUCAUGUUCCCCGACAGCCGUAUCUUCCAGGCAGAGAACAGUAAAAUCAAGAAGGAGUGGCUGGAGAUCCUGGAUGAGACCAAGAAGAGCAAGGUCUCGAAAGACCGGCACAAGAAAGAGGAGGAAGUUCCCACUUCCCCGGCGAGACCUGAGGUGUCCACCAACCCUUUCGACGUGGACGAUGAGGAACUGAUGGAGGCAGAAGAAGUCGUGAACCUCAGUCUGGAGUGGAUUCAGGAGCUGCCCGAGGACCUGGACGUGUGCAUCGCUCAGAGAGACUUUGAAGGAGCCGUGGAUCUUCUGGACAAGCUGAACGAAUAUCUGAAGGACCAGCCGGUCACUCAGAAGGUCAAGGAGCUGCGGGGCAGAGUGGACGAGCGAGUGCGUCAGCUGACCGAGGUGCUGGUGUUCGAGCUGUCGCCUGACCGGUCGCUCCGUGGCGGACCCAAAGCCACCCGCAGGGCUGUGUCCCAGCUGAUCCGACUCGGUCAGUCCACCAAGGCCUGCGAGCUGUUCCUGAAGAACCGGGCCGUGGCGGUCCAGACGGCAAUCCGUCAGCUGCGUAUCGAGGGCGCCACGCUGCUCUACAUCCACAAGCUCUGCAACAUCUUCUUCACCAGCCUGCUGGAGACGGCCAAAGAGUUCGAGAUGGACUUUGCUGGGAACACGGGCUGCUACUCCGCCUUCGUGGUGUGGUCGCGCUCUGCCAUGAGGAUGUUCGUCAACGCCUUCAGCAAGCAGGUGUUCGACAGUAAGGAGAGUCUGUCGACGGCGGCCGAGUGCGUGAAGGUUGCUAAAGAGCACUGCCAGCAGCUGACAGAGAUCGGCCUGGACCUGACCUUCACGCUGCAGUCGCUGCUGGUCAAGGACGUGAAGGCGGCGCUGCUGAGCUACAAGGACGUCAUCAUCGAGGCCACCAAGCACCGCAACUCCGAGGAGAUGUGGAGGAGGAUGAACCUGAUGACCCCCGAGGCCCUCGCCAAGCUCAAGGAGGAGAUGCGCGGCUGCGGCGUCAAUACCUUCGAGCAGUACACGGGCGAUGACUGCUGGGUGAACCUGAGCUACACAGUGGUCGCCUUCAGCAAGCAGAUGAUGAACUUCCUGGAGGAGGGACUGAAGCUCUACUUCCCCGAGCUGCACAUGGUGCUGCUGGAGAGCCUGCGCGAGAUCAUCCUGGUGGCCGUGCAGCACGUGGACUACAGCCUGCGCUGCGAGCAGGACGCCGAGAAGAAGGCCUUCAUCCUGCAGAACGCCACCUUCCUGCACGACACGGUGCUGCCGGUGAUGGAGCGCCGCUUCGAGGAGGGCGUGGGGAAGCCCGCCAAGCAGCUGCAGGACCUGAGGAAGAGCACCCGGCCAGUGCGGGUCAACCCCGAGAGCACCACCUCUCUGGUCUAGCUCCUCACUGACCAGCACCAGAAGAGCAUCCAUCAGUUGGAAUCACUAAAACAGGUAAUUGAAUCGCGAGUUCAUGUGUUGAAUAAAUCUGUUAUUUAUGUCGAUAACUGGAGUUGAAGCUGGAAUUUUGGUUCAACUUUGAUGUUUUCUAAGGUAAAAUGAACUGGUGAGGAGACGUUUUGAAUCUGAAGGAAACGUUUGUCAAUAAAAUGAGUCACUGCAGUCGACAGAGUAUU